AUGCAGCUGCCAACGUUGGCUGUUGCUUUGCUUGUAGCAAGCACGUCUGUUAUAGCUGCACCAGCUCAUAGACAAUCUCAGGACAACAAGCAGGUCACCCCAAAGCUGUCCACUCAAGGGCAAAUACAGAGUGAAAACCAUUACUCCAACGGGCUUCGUGGGUUCGUCAAACGAUGGAGUCUGUUCAAUGAUCAGGAAGAGCACCAGGAGAAGCACAUCAAACAUCGGAAGUUCACCUAUCCCAUCAACCGUGCACCGGCCGAGGUCCGCGCCGACACGGACUCAGCAGCGACGGGGCCGCCAGCGACGGCUCCCCCCGCUCCUCCGGCAUCAGCUCCCCCGGCAUCAGCUCCGCCAGCGUCAGCGCCACCAGCAUCGGCCCCUCCAGCUUCCGCACCGCCAGCAGCCGGUCCUCCAGUAUCAGUACCACCGGCAUCAGUACCACCAGUAUCCGCUCCUCCGGCUCCUCCUGGAACUGAGCCUCCGGUAUCGCCUCCGGUGCCAACUCCCACUGGUCCCAUCGUCACUGGAACCGGCGGUCCGGUCGCUGCAGGCAACUCCUCUGCUCCAGGAGUCUUCCCCAACGCCACAAGCAUUGCUCCCCUGCCUGCACCGUCCAAUGCAACUAUCACAGCCCCCUUAGUCACCUCGGCAGCACCCUCAGUCCCAGCAGUUGUUCCCCCCGUAACACCAGCGGCCCCAGUUUCCUCCAGCAGCGCCGCUGUUGUGAUACCCUCAAUUACCUCGCCAAUCCCAGGUCUCAGCUCCGCCAGCGCCGUCGUCGUUCCACCCUCAGCAACAACCGCCACCGGCCCAGUCGUCGUACCUCCCGGUCCCGGUGGUGCCGCCUCCCCAACCACGACCCAAACAGUCCUCAUCACCGCCGACGCCCCCGCCGCCAACGGCGCUCCCGGCGUCAUCGUAGUGAGCAUCACCCAAGCAGCGGGCGACCCCGUCUCCGCCCCCGCUCCCACCACCCUCGCCGUCACGGCUCUCACCAAUUCCAAUUCCUUCGCAAGCACCACAACCGUCAUCAUCGACGCCGUGGGUAUGGCCUCCCAACCAGCAGAGCUCCCCGACAGCACAGCCACCAUAGUCGACGGUCCCAUCCUCGCAACACAACCUGCUCCCACGGUGGUAGUAAUCGACAUCGUCCCAGCCCCUUCUUCGGCUGCCCAGGUAGCCAACAACGGCUCAACCGGAAAUGGGAGCGGCGGCAGCGGCGGUUCUCUAGCACCCAUCAUCGUCACGACAGUCACUGCCCCCAUCAUUAUUCCUUCCGCCACUGCCCAACAACAACAACCUACUGCGCCUGCACCUAUAAUCGUCACCGUCACCAAUUCCAACGCUAAUGGUGCUAACCUACCUGCCCAGACGGCGCAGACGGUGGCGGCUAGUACGGUUACUAUUACCCUCGGUUCCGGUUCCGGUUUCGGCAGCGGUAGCGGCGGAGGCGGCAGUGGUAACGGUAGCUCAGGUUCAGGGCCAGGAACAACGACAAUUACAGCUGCUCAAGCCCCGCAGGCUCCAGCUCCCAGUAUUGUCUUUGUUACGGUAACAGCUAUUCCUGUUACUGCUGCUAAUUCUCCUGUUGGUACUGCUGGAGGUGCUUCUGGGUCGUCGUGGAGCUGGACGACUACUUUCCCGGGCUUUACUUGGUCUUGGACUUCUUCCGGCUUUACUGGGGUUGGUGCUGCGCCUAGUGCUUCUGCUUCUGCUGGGUCUGGUAGUGGCUCUGGAGAUGGGUCUGGUGCUGCCGGUGGUGGUGGCAGUGGUAGUGGUAGUGGUAGUGGUAGUGGCAGUGGUGAUUCAGGUGAGGGUGAUAGGACGGUGAGUUUGUUGGAGACCAUGACUUACACUAGCGGGACGGAGGUGGUUACGGCUGUGGCUACGAGUCUUGUUGCGGUGCCGAGUGGGAAUCCUGAUAAUGAGAAAGGGGGGUUGUGA